AUGUGGACCAAAGUGAGCGUUCUUUCGCUGCUGCUCCUGCUCGCUGGUAGCAGGUUGCGUGCUGACGAUGUCGAGCCUCAGCAGGCGGUGUCGCAUCUGUGCAACUUCGAGAAUCCACUGCUCGAUCCGACCGACACCGAAGGCGAUGGCUACUGCGAUUGUGACCUACAGAACGUUCCCCCCUGGGGUGAGCUGGUGGUGAAAAUCAGCUGCCGGAAGCACAACCUCACGGACGCGUUCUGGCCGGAGGACGGCCGCGAGUACCUACCACAGGGAACGGUCCAGGUGGACCUCUCGCAGAACUCCCUUUCGCGCAUUCCGCGGCUCAUCGGCGAAGCGCUCCGUUAUCUGCUGCUCGACCACAACGAGAUUGCGACCGUGCCCGAUAAGGUGUUCGCCGGUUUGGGCAGCCUGCUCGAACUAGACCUGAGCUGGAACCGGCUGGAGGUCCUGGGCACGGACGCUCUGACCGGGCUCGGGUUGGUCAAGAAGAUCGACCUGAGCCACAACCACAUCGCCGCCAUCGAAGUGAACGCCUUCUCGGGUGCGAUCCAUCUGGAGUGGUUGGUGCUGUCCAACAACUCCCUCGGCGAGUUCUUCAACCGGACGGCCGAGACCGACCUGUACCUGCGGCUCGGGGUAACCACGCGCCUCGCCACGAUCGAGCUCGAGCGCUGCAACUUGAUCGACAUUAGCCUCACGAACGGGGCCGGUCUCGAGAAGGCCUUUCUCGGGCACAACCGACUCCAGCAGGUUACCCGGCUACCGAAACAGCUCUCGUACCUCGACCUCAGUGGGACGCCGAUCCGGAGCCUUUCGCCCAAGUUCCUGCCCCAUCUGUUGCACCUCGAAACGCUCGUCAUGCAGGAUAUGCCGAUUCUGUACACACUCGAAGCGUACUCGCUGUACGGGUUGCCGCGUCUGGCGUUGCUCAAUCUGCAGGGCUCGCGGAACCUCUCCGUCAUCCACGCGCACACCUUCGGCGUGGUGCGCAACGAAACGGACACCGCCCUGAAGCGCCUCAUCCUGAAGGGUACCAACAUACGGACGCUGAACGGGUCGCUGGCGUUCGCGUUCGAAAACGUCCGGAUGCUGGAUCUGCGUGGUGCGCCGUUGCGCUGUGACUGUCAGCUGAGGUGGCUACGCGAGAUGCACAACCUGACCACGGUCGGGAUCUGCCUGAAGCCGAGUACGUUGCGCCACCGACCGUUCGGUACGAUCGAACCGCACCAGUUCGAGUGCCGGGCGGAACAGUCGUGGGUCUACACCGUGUUUAACGUGAUCCUGGCGAUCCUGCUCGUCGUCGGCGUCGGGGUGGGCAUCUAUCUGAUCGUGCGUGCAGUCCGGCCACCUUCGAAUGUGCAGCUGCGCAAGGUAGGCGAAAACAGUCCGUACGCUCGGGUAACGAUAGAACCGAACCAGGCCGAAAACUUGUAACACGCGGUGGACCCGACAUGUGGUAGGUUAGGUUAGGGUUAAGUCAAACGCUGCAGAAAGCCAUUCCUUUAAAGUAUGCUAAAGUAUUGCCCUUGGGUCCUAAUUAUAAGGCGUAAGAAGUCGAUUAAUAGGAUGUAAUUAAUUAUAAUGUAAUAGCCGGUAACUUAAAUCGUUUCAAAAUUAAAAGACAAAUCUCCAAAAGGUUUAUGCUCUGUUCA